AGACGCGUAGGCUGGAAGAACCCUCAGCCCUGCGCUCCUCCGAACUCGACGCUGAUUGGCUCGGACCGAGCGAAGGCGGAAGUCCGCAGAGCAGGGGGAUUCCCCGAGGGAAGUUCCCAACUCGAACUGGGCUGUGUUAAAAAAAAAAAAAAGUACACACAUACACACACACAUUACCAUAUCCUCUACCAGGGUUUUGUAGCUUUACAUCCGAAGAUAAGGCAACGGAGGCUGCCGCGGUGUCAAAACAAGAUAUUUUCGACUUUAAGGAGAAACUUGAAUGAAGGGCUCAUGUCUGCCGUGUCAGUGAUGAUCGUGGAGCACAAGGCAUGGAAAGGAACAUUGGAGACAAGCUCAACAAAGCUUUCGAAGCUUAUCGCCAGGCCUCUAUUGAAAAGGACAAUGCUAAAAAGGAGUUGCAGAAAAUGACUGAGUAUUAUGAGCAAUACACUCGAGGACUUCAGAAGCAGAUCGAGGACCAGCAGAGGUUGAUAUCUGAUCUUGAAGCUAAGUUGUCAGCACCAAGGCAAGCAUCAGAGGUGAAAUGUGAGUCUUGCAACCAUCUCCACGAAGGGCCCAGCGCUUAUAGGAAGGUCAAGUUCCCGGAGAAUAUGGGCACCGUUGCUGUUGCUCCUAAUUUGCCAGUCAACAGCRGCGUUGAACAUCAGGGCAUGUUAGAGGUAUUYGAGGCCAUUCAAGGCAAAUUUCGACAGAUCCAGAAUCUAACCAGAAGACAAAAAGAUCAACUGAAAAGAUUCCACGGUGGAUGUGAGGCGUCAAACGAUCAGCGCUUCUCCAUGCCCAUCCAGUGCACGGACCGAACCGCAGAGGCAGAGCAACCCUUUUCCUCAGCGCUACGGACAGCUGUGGACAUCCCUCACCUGCCCGCGUCUCUGGCGUCCCGCGGCGCCGCUCAGGAGGACAAAGACUUUGCGGACUCUCUCGCCAAACUCAGUGUGAAAUUCCCGCCCCCCGCGGACAGUGAAUAUGAUUUUCUGAACAGUACGCCGGAGAGAAACCCUAAUCUGGCCAUGCCCACGAAGCAGCCUCUCGGCGGCGCCUCUCCCGCGCUGCCAGAGGAGAAGCUGCCAGAGGAGAAGCCCGAGGAACUGCCCCUGCUUUUUGUCUAUCCCACACCCCCCUCCCACCCCACGUCGCCUUCACCCUCCCGGGAGAGUGUGCGAGGACCCCAGCAGUCUCUCUGGAGCCCUGACUUGUGCAAAGCAGCCGACACCGGGACAGACCAGGAGCCUCCGAGCAGCAGUCCGAAUAAAUGCGCUUUCUGCAACGCUGUGGUUCCACAGAACCAAAUGAACAUCCACCUCUACUCGCACUGCUCUCCUAAGAACGAAGCGAGCAAGUGACAGUGGACGCGGAGCCCCGACUGAGGGGAUAAAAGUCCAGACCACUUAAAAAACUUUUUACUGUAUUCAUGGCGGCCUCCUGCCCGCCGUGAAGUACAAGCGCUGUACAAGAAGUGACAUUACACUGCCAUAAGACUUGAAUCCAUUUAUUUAAUACUGAAAAUUUAAAUGGUACACCUAUUUUUUUUGCCCAUAUGAAUUUUAUAAUAUCAGACUGAGAUUUUACAGUGAUGCACAUAUAUGAGCAAAUAAAUCAAUAUUUACUCUUGCA